UCUACAAACUGCAAAGGAUAAACCCGGGUAUUUCCUCGCUCUGCUCUCAGAGAGAGAGAGAGAGAGAGGAGUGAAGCGGAGGAGGGAAACAGAGUCGUAAGAAGAAGAUGCUUUCCCUCAAAAUUUCAAAGCAAACUGCUUUACCUGAAUUCCCGAAACCCUUCUAUCCUACAAAAGCUUUAGUGAGGAAGUCAACUGUUUCAUCACGUCCACUUCGCAGACGUGUUUCCAGAAUACAUUUAGGGUUUAAGAAUCAAUUAACACUUCUGACUAAAGGAAAUAAGCUCCGGAAUGGAGUUUGUAGAGCUUCAGCUUCGAGGUCAGAGUCGUCCGCUAUAGUUUCGGAAGAUGCAGAAGAAGACAUUGAGUCCUCUCGUCUCUUUGAGAAAUUGAAGGAUGCAGAGAGGGAACGGAUAAAUAAGUUGGAACAGCUGGAGAAUAAGGCAAAUAUGCAACUAGAGAGGCAGCUUGUUAUGGCUUCAUGUUGGAGCAGAGCAUUGUUAACUAUGCGCGGGAAGUUGAAAGGAACAGAGUGGGAUCCUGAGAAUUCACACAGGAUUGACUAUAGUGAGUUUUGGAGACUUCUUAACUCAAAUAACGUCCAGUUUAUGGAGUAUUCCAAUUAUGGUCAGACAAUAUCUGUGAUUUUACCAUACUACAAAGAUGGAAAAGUGGAAGAGUUGGAAGGAAGUUCCAAGAGAGAAAUAGUUUUCCGGCGUCAUGUGGUUGAUAGGAUGCCAAUUGAUUGUUGGAAUGAUGUUUGGCAGAAGUUGCACCAGCAACUUGUAAAUGUUGAUGUUAUUAACGUGGACACUGUACCUGCAGAAGUGUACUCAACCAUUGCAACUGCUGUUAUAUGGUCUAUGCGUUUUGCUCUUUCUAUUGCAUUAUAUCUAUGGAUUGAUAAUAUGAUGAGACCUAUUUAUGCAAAGUUGAUACCUUGUGAUUUGGGAACUCCCACCAAAAAAGCAAAGCAGCCCCUCAGGCGUCGUGCACUUGGAUCUUUAGGCAAGAGUCGGGCCAAAUUCAUAUCAGCAGAGGAAACCACUGGUGUCACGUUUGAUGAUUUUGCUGGACAGGAAUACAUAAAAAGGGAAUUACAGGAGAUUGUGCGAAUAUUAAAGAAUGAUGAAGAGUUUCAAAACAAAGGCAUCUAUUGCCCAAAAGGUGUUCUUCUCCAUGGGCCUCCUGGGACUGGUAAAACACUGCUGGCUAAAGCUAUUGCUGGAGAAUCAGGACUUCCUUUCUUUGCAGCUAGUGGCACUGAUUUUGUAGAGAUGUUUGUGGGUGUUGCAGCAGCUCGUGUCAAAGAUCUUUUUGCUAGUGCAAGAUCAUUUGCACCAUCUAUUAUUUUUAUUGAUGAGAUUGAUGCAAUUGGUAGCAAACGAGGAGGUCCUGAUAUUGGUGGGGGUGGUGCUGAAAGGGAGCAGGGGCUGCUUCAGAUACUAACUGAAAUGGAUGGGUUUAAAGUUUCAACAUCACAGGUACUAGUUAUAGGUGCAACAAAUAGAUUGGAUAUUCUUGAUCCUGCUCUUUUGAGGAAAGGCCGUUUUGACAAGAUUAUUAGGGUUGGUUUGCCAUCUAAGGAUGGAAGAUUGGCCAUAUUAAAGGUGCAUGCUAGGAAUAAAUUCUUUCGCUCUGAAGAGGAAAAAGAGACUCUCCUCCAGGAAAUAGCAGAGCUUACAGUAGAUUUUACUGGAGCAGAACUGCAAAACAUAUUGAACGAAGCUGGAAUUUUGACUGCCAGAAAGGAUUUAGAUUACAUUGGAAGGGAGGAACUUUUAGAGGCUUUGAAGAGGCAAAAAGGCACAUUUGAAACAGGCCAAGAAGAUAGCACUGAAGUUCCAGAAGAAUUAAAGCUGAGGUUGGCAUACCGAGAGGCAGCUGUGGCUGUUCUUGCAUGUUACUAUCCAGAUCCUUACCGCCCUUUCAUAGAGACAGAUAUUCAUUCCAUCCGUAGACAACCAAAUAUGUGCUAUGCUGAAACUUCAGGAAGGGUUUUCUCAAGGAGAUCAGAUUACGUAAAUGCUAUUGUGCGUGCAUGUGCACCUAGAGUAAUUGAGGAGGAGAUGUUUGGGGUUGAUAACUUGUGUUGGAUUUCUGCAACGGCUACAUCAGAAGCUUCAAGGCGUGCAGAAUUUUUGAUUCUGCAGACAGGGAUGACAGCACUUGGGAAAGGAUUUUAUAGGAACCAAAGUGAUCUUGUACCAAAUCUUGCACCCAAAGUGGAAGCACUCCGAGAUGAGUACAUGCGUUUUGCUGUGGAAAAAUGUGCGUCUGUGCUGAGGGAAUACCAUUCAGCUGUGGAGACAAUCACAGAUAUUCUAAUUGAAAAAGGAGAGAUUAAGGCUGAGGAAAUCUGGGACAUAUACAACAAAGCUCCUCGAAUACCUCAGCCUCCUGUGCGUCCUGUUGAUGAGUACGGAGCACUCAUUUAUGCUGGGCGAUGGGGAAUUCAUGGGAAUUCACUUCCUGGAAGGGUCACUUUUGCACCAGGAAAUGUUGGAUUUUCCACCUUUGGUGCACCACGGCCACUGGAGACGCAAAUCAUUAGUGAUGAGACUUGGAAACUUAUAGAUGGAAUUUGGGAUAAAAGGAUUGAAGAAAUUAAGAAGGAUGCUACUAUGGAGAUUGAGGAAGACAGAGAGAAACCACAACUUUUAAUGGCUGAUCACUUCCUUUGAAAAUUCAGUCAACUUUUUUUUGAUUAUGAAUCAGAAUCCAAGACGGUUAAUAUCAAAGGAUCAAAUCUGAUGCCAAAUAUGGGUGCUGCAGAUUGGGUUCUGUGGUCAUUUUUUCACAUAAUGCUUACAUUCAUUCCUUGUGCUUCUGCAACCUGAUCCUUUACAAUGAGAAUUUUACAUCUUCCAUUCAACAAGCUGAUACAGAGCUCCUGAUCAAUACUCCUGAAGCUAGCCAUUAACAAACCACGAAUUGAGUUGAACAUAAUGUGAAAGCAAAGUGGUUUUCCCUUUACCAAUUUAAUGGCCACUGCUUCCCAUGAAAUUAUGUAUAUGUAUUAUUCACGAAUUUGGUGUCGGCAACGAUUUUUUUUUUUGUCUCCUGAACAUGACCAAAAAGCAUAGUGUUGCAGCUUGGUGGAGCCUCUGCAUGUUUGUAACCCAUCUUUAAUUAACAUCCACUACAAUGUUUUUAAUAAUGAAUACUUGUAAUAUCGCACACAGGACAAUUUUGAAGAUUUCAUGUUUUAGUUAGAUGUUA